GACGAACCCCGCGCGACCGCUGGUUGCCGUGGUCGGCGGCGCCAAGAUCAGCGACAAGAUCAAGCUCAUUGAGAACCUCAUCGACAAGGCCGAUGGCAUUAUCAUCUGCGGCGGCAUGGCCUACACAUUCUUGAAGCAGUGCUUCGGAAUGCAGAUCGGCAAGAGCCUUUUCGACAAGAAGGGUGCAGACAUCGUGCAGGGAAUCCUGGACAAGGCAAAGGCCAAGGGCUGCGAGGUGACGCUGCCGGUCGACUGGCUCUGCGGCCAGGAGUUCAAGAACGACCAGGAGACGAAGCUGGCCACCCGGGAGGAGGGCAUUCCCGAUGGAUGGGAAGGCAUGGACUGCGGACCGAAGAGCAUGGAGCUUUUUGCCAACACGGUGAAGGCUGCGAAGACAGUUGUGUGGAAUGGACCUGCCGGCGUCUUUGAGUUCGACAACUUCUCCAAGGGUACCAAGGCGCUGUUGGAUGCCGUAGCUGGCCUUCAUGCAAGCGGCGGCGUCGGAAUUAUCGGCGGAGGCGACUCCGCAACGGCCGCGGCCAAGUGGGACAUGGAGGACAAGGUCUCCUUCGUGUCCACCGGCGGCGGCGCUUCUUUGGAGCUCCUGGAGGGCAAGGUGCUGCCCGGCAUUGCCGCGCUCACUGAUGCACCUCCGAAGUGGGAGGGCACCGUCACUGGAAAAUACCAGUGGGACGACUCCAAGAAGAAGAACACCGAUGCUGACAAGGACAUGGGCAGCGCUGGCGACGCCAUCACCAAAUACAGCUGGGGUGAUGGCAAGAAGCAGGUGAGCAUCUACAUCGAGCUCGAUGGCCUGGAUGACUGCACUGAGGACAUGUUCCAGGCCUCCUCCGGCGAGAAGGAUGUCUCCCUCACCAUCGCCAAGGUGGCUGGCAGGAGAAGAACCUUCUCACUCAAGGACCUCGCGCAUGAGAUCGACGGUGUGAAGGUGAAUCACAAGAAAGGCAAGGGCAUGGUGGUGCUCAAGCUGACCAAGAAGGAGGAACAGCCGUGGUUCAAGCUGCAAGAGUCGUCCGGCAGUGGAG